GGGGGACGGGCGCAGGGCGGGGCGGCGCUGUCAGUGCAAGUAGCGAGCGGAAUGCAGCGGCCGGAGGCCUGGCCACGUCCUCACCCGGGGGAGGGGGCCUCGGCCGCCCAAGCCAGGGGCGCAACGCCGCCCACCCGAGCCACGGAACCGAGGUUUCAGGAACCUUCUCUCUACACCAUCAAGGCUGUCUUCAUCCUAGAUAAUGAUGGGCGAAGGCUGCUGGCUAAGUAUUAUGACGACACGUUUCCCUCCAUGAAGGAGCAGAUGGUUUUCGAGAAAAAUGUCUUCAACAAGACCAGCCGAGCUGAAAGUGAGAUCGCAUUUUUAGGGGGCAUGACCAUUGUCUACAAGAGCAGCAUUGACCUCCUCCUGUAUGUGGUGGGCUCCUCCUCGGAGAACGAGCUGAUGCUCAUGUCUGUUCUUGCCUGCCUGUUCGACUCUCUCAGCCACAUCUUAAGGAAGAACGUGGAGAAACGCUGGUUGCUGGAGAACAUGGAUGGAGCCUUCUUGGUGCUGGAUGAGAUUGUAGAUGGCGGUGUGAUUCUGGAGAGUGACCCCCAGCAAGUGAUCCAGAAAGUGAAUUUUAGGACUGAUGACACUGGCCUAACAGAACAGAGUGUGGCCCAGGUUCUUCAGUCAGCCAAGGAACAAAUUAAGUGGUCAUUACUGAAAUGAAGACCUUGGAGUAGAGACUCCUUCUCCAGAGAACCUUUUCCCAGUCUCUGCAAAAUCCCCGAGACCUCAAGGGGCAGGAGAGAUCUCUCUGCCUCCUCAGGCCUCUCCCAGAACUGAUCCCUGAGGUCUCCUGCCAGGGAUUCUGAGAAGCAAAAGUUUGGUCCCAGCUCUGUUAACCCUGCUCAGCACCCUGGCCUGCUCGUGGGGCCAUGGGAACAAGCAAAGAUUCCUUCCCUCCGACCUCGGUCUUUCUCAGCCCCAAGCCUUAAUAAACUUUCAUUUCUUGCCAAA